CCGCUCUUUUGUUUCUCUUCAGGCAAUGUAGCAUGUUCCGGCUUUACAUAAAUUCUUGCAAUUUAGGUACAUGAAAGGGACAUUUUGCAACUGCUGUGUUUGUAUCACUGGAGCAGCAGUUGUAGUUGGGCGAUUUUGUGGUUUUUUGUCAGUGUAUAGUAAAGUGCGGUAAAGUGUGUGAAAUUGUGAAAGAUAGACAUGCCUGUUAUUCAAAGGGUUGUGAAGCCAACAACCCAUAGGGCAAAAAGGGCUCUACAGGCCAGAGAACCAAAGUUGGUGGAGAAUGCGAAAAAUACUUUGUUCAUUAAAGGCCGAAAGACUAGUGUGAUAGUGGCAAAUUGCAUGAAAGAUCUGUAUGAUAUUAAGAAGCCACAUGGAAAGAUAUUAAACAAAUUGAAUAAUAUUGUACCAUUUGAAAACAUUACUCCUAUUGAAGAAUUUUCAAAGAAAAAUGAUGCAUCAAUGUUUAUGUUUACUUCACACAACAAGAAAAGACCACACAAUCUCAUUUUGGGCCGUAUGUAUGAUAGCCAUCUCUUAGACAUGGUUGAAUUUGGUAUUGAACACUACAAAGGAUUAAAGGAGUUCAAAACCCAGAAGGUAUCCUUGGGAAUUAAGCCUUGCCUCUUAUUUGCUGGAGAAUUAUUUGAGCAUAAUCAUGAGUAUAAACGUAUAAAGAGCUUGCUGAUCGACAUUUUUCAAAGGGAGAUAGUACAAGCAGUGAGACUCCAGGGCCUUGAGCACGUAUUGAUGUUUACCGCAGCAGAAGAUCGAAUAUAUUUCCGCAGCUACAGAAUACAAAUGAAAAAAUCUGGAAGCAGAAUUCCUAGAAUAGAACUUGAAGAAAUUGGUCCAUCAUUUGACCUCAAACUGAGAAGAACAAAGAUUUCAUCUGAUGACUUGUUCAAGCUUGCCUGUAAGAGGCCCAAGGAACUGAAGGUGAAGAAGGUCAAGAAUAUCUCAAAGGAUACAUUUGGAACUCAGCAUGGACAAAUUCACAUUCCAAAACAAAAUAUCGACAAAUUACAGACCCGAAAAAUGAAGGGUUUGAAGAAAACAGCCUCUGAGAAGGAGGAGCAAAGGAAACGAAAAUCUGAUUCUGUGGACAAAGAAACUAAUGAUGACAAUGCUGUAAAAAAGAUGAGAAUGUGAUAAUGCCAGCUCUUGUAUUCCAAAAUACAUAUUGUGUUGUUAACUAUUUCACAAUAUGAAAUGUAUUAUAUAAUACAGUUAAUUACAUGAAUAUGA